GGGGAGAUUUUUCGAAGUUUUCAGAGGGCUGCCCUCUUAAGGAGUAAAUGUGUUUGAAAAGUGAGUGUAGAAAUUCAAAGACCCCCUAAAAAUGUUUCUGUAAGAUAUACAGUUAUCUGAUUUACAUAACAGUAUAAUGAGAAGGGUAGUUGCUACUGAUCGUAUAGCGGAGAUGCUGAGUGGCCGAAAGGCUCAACAAAAAGACUGUCAGAAAGUUGUUUUGGCCAGCCAGGGCUUGUUGGCCAAAAGGUAACUUUCCGACAGCCCUUUUGUUGUGCCUUUCUGCGACUCAGCACCUACGGUAUAUGGUGAAUAGUAACUAUCCUUUUCAUUGCAUUGGUACGUUCCAUAAUAUUCUCACUGCUUCAAAGUAGUGUUUGUGCUUUUGAAUUUCUAGGCCCCUCUAUUCAUUCUUUCAUAGUAAUUGUUGGUUCUUGCUAAAACAUCUAUGUUAGGGAAACAGAUUUGAUGGUUUCCCAGUCCUAGUGUAUGAUCUGCUACUACGAUAUAUCCAUCUUGCCAAGGGGACAAUUGCUCUUGCGUUCCUUGAGGAGGGUGUUAAUGCUUCUUUUCGUGGCUCCUUGGUCAAAAGUGCCAUGGGUACGCCCCAUUGUAUCAGUUUUUAGGUUUCCUUUGCGUUUAAUUCACCGUAUGAAGUGAGACAAGAAUGAUUGUCUGAAUCCCUGUGUAUGUGCUGUAACUAAUCUAAUGUUAUCCUUGUGAUCCCAGUGUGAGUGAUACAUAGUGGGUUGUUGUAUAUUCCUAUAGUCGUCAUUUAAAGCCAGUUUCCUGAAUCUUUGUUAAUAGAUUUUCUCAGGAUAGUUUACAUCUACCUUAGAGAGGCUUCCAGUUCAGUUCCUUCACUAUAUCUGCGACACUCUCCCAUUGGUAAACAAACCUGUGACCAUUCGUGCUUUCCUCCUCUGUAAACGUUGAGUGUCGACUGUUAGCCCUGUAUGGUACGGAUCCCACACACUUGAGCAAUAUUCUAGAACUGGCCACAUGAGUGAUUUGUAAGCAAUCUCCUUUGUAGACUGAUCACACUUCCUCAGUAUUCUACCAAUAAAUCGAUGUCUGCCACCUACUUUACCCACAACUGACCAUAUGUGACCAUUCCAUUUCAUAUUCCUACAAAGUGUUACACCCAGGUUUCUGUAUGAGUGGGCCAAUUCCAACAGUGGCUCAUCGUAUUAUAAUCAUAGGAUACUAUGUUUUUUUUUCCUUUCCUUUUUCUAGUUCAAGAAUUUACAUUUUUGAACAUUUAAAGCAAGUUGCCAAUUUCUGCAUCAUGUUAAAAUCUUAUCAAAAUCCAGCUGAAUAUUAAUGGAGCUUUUCUCAGACAACACUACAUUAUAGAUAACAGGGUCAUUUGAAAAGUGUUUGAGGUUACUGCUAAUAUUGUCUGCGAGGUCAUUAAAUAAUAGCAAGGGUCCCGGCACACUGGCCUGGGGGCACACCUGAAGUUAUUUCUACAUCUGAUGAUGACUCUCCGUCCAAGAUAACCUCCUGCAUCCUUCCUGCCAAAAAGUCCUGAAUCCAGUGACAAAUUCACUUGAUACCACAUAUGAUCAUACUUUUGACAAUAAGCAUAGGUGUGGCAUUAUAUUCUACAAUACUGUACUACAAAGAGGCAGGUUACUACUCGCCAUAUUGGGGAGAUAUAUGAAGAUAGUAACUGUUCUCAAAAGAACAGAUACCGCUGAUGACUGUGCAGCUUCUCUAGAAUAAAUGAUAAUUAAUUGAAAUCCUCAGCUGCCGACAGGUGUUGUUGACGUACCUCGAUGGGGACAGCUGAAAAUGUGUGCCCAGACCGGGACUCGGACCCGGGAUAUCCUGCUUACAUGGCGUGAAUAAUGAGUGGAUGGGCAAAGUAUCUAUUAAUAACAUUACGUAUGUGGAUUGUGGACAGUUGGGAAUGUAGGUUUCACAGGAAGUGUGCAAGGGAUAAGUCUCUGCAGUCGCACCAUUCAUAUGCGUCCUUGGUGGCUCAGAUCGAUAGAGCGUGUGGCAUGUGAGCAGGAGAUCCCAGGUUCGAGUCCUGGUCAGGGCACACAUUUUCAGCUGUCCACAUCAAGGUAUGUCAAAAACACCUGUCAGCAGCUGAGGGUUUCAAUUAAUUAUUACUUAUAUGGGGGAGAUAAUCAGUUGCUGAUAGGCACAACAGAAAGUCUGCUAAACAUGUGAGAUUUCAGCCAAAGGGCUUUUUGUAUGUAUUGUUUACUUCAGAAGGCCUUUUGUCUGAAAACUCACAUGCCUACCAGUCUUCUAGUUGUGCCUGUCUGUCUGGGACUCAAUUUUCUCUCUAUAUGGUGACUAGCAAUUUACCUUUUCUGUAAUAUUUUCAUUAUUUCAUACUGGAUUUUCUGGUAGCUAUAAUUGUUCUACAGCUCUGUAUUUCGGGUGACUUUACCCCAAGAGAACACCGAAUGAAUAUGUAGAAAAUGACUGAUAGGAUGGAAACUGCCUCGGGCACGCUGGGUGCUUGUGCCAAACUGUACUAGGCCAUGAGCGGACAAUGUAGAGAAAUAUGCCUUACAAAAUGGAAUGCCAAUGGGAAAAGUUCGAGUAGCCCUGCUGCAGAGUAUUCCUUGCAAUGAAAUGUUUCAAAUUGUAAUAUUGUGCAAUGUCAGUCUAUUAUUGGUUAUGAGGAAUCUGUCAUCAGUUUCAGAAGCCAGGGACACCCGGUUAGGUCCGAGCUUCCCGUCACGCCACUGUGCACAGCUGUCAGAACCGCCGUGCGACUCGGCGGGAAUGGCAGAGUGCGAAUGUGAAGGGGGCGUGCCUUUUGACAGUCUUCCAGAUGAAAUAAUAAUCAAUAUAUUUUCCUACUUCAGCUUCAAUGAACUAGUAGACAACGUACAAAAUGUCUGCAGGCGAUGGAAGAGGUUGGCCCACGCACCGACACUCUGGCUCAACAAAGAGUAUGCCAUCAGAGGGAGACGCUGGAGGCUGCAAGGACGGAGCUGCUGCGGGGUCCUUUUCUCAGAGUGCCGCCACUGCAAAUGCGUAAAAUCGGAUGUGCAGGUCCUGCAAGAAGCAGGUACCAUGCCACAGCUGCAUCGACUGACAAUCAUGCGUACGAUCAGAAGCCACAUCUUGUGCUCGAUGUGCACCGGUUGUCCGAACCUCACAAAUCUGCAGAUUCAGAGUUGCCAGAAUUUUCCCCACUCAACACUGGAGCAUAUAUUUGAGAAGUGUCCAAAGAUAAAGAAACUGAUAGUGCCGGCCAGCAUGCUGGGCAGCCUACAGUUCUUGCAACUACUGGCCAGCUUGGAACACCUGACCUGUCUGGUGGUGUUCGAGGACUUGGGGAAUACGGUGCCUGUGGGGCUCCACAUCCUGGCUGACGGCUGCCCACGGCUGGAGGAGAUACACACCAACUGGUACUAUUAUGACAGACAGGAAAUGGAAUACUUCCUGCAUGCAAAGAAGCACACCCUCACUUCUGCCACACUGCGCUGGACCUCGGGACUAGUGGGAAGGUGGUGUCUUGUGAAUCUGCUGAAAGAGUGUGACACUCCACUCAAAAGACUGCGGCUAGUCAGCUUUCACGUAAAGCCCAGCAUGGAGGCCACAGCAUUUGAAGCUCUCAGUGGGCUGCACAGUCUGGAGGAACUGCAUGCCGAGGGGAUCCAUGCGCAAAACCCCAAGCUGCUCACUCGUGUAUUUCAGCCCGGAUGUCUACCACAGCUCUAGCGGCUGCAGCUGCAGUAUGCUACCAACCUCCAGAAUGAGACUGUGCUUGCUAUUUCACGGGGCUGUCCCAAUCUGUGUGAGCUGAGGUUAAGGAAGUCAGAGUUUAUUACCGACGUAGGACUCAGCGAGAUCCACCGUCUGAAAAAUUUAAAAAUAUUGGAGCUUUCUGGGUGCAACGGGCUGGGUGGAACUGCAAUCGCUCGGUUGCACAGCUUCCACUUCUGCACACACUGGUUCUUCAGUUGUUCCACAACCUGUGUGCACUACAGCCGGGCCUUCAACACGUACUGAACUUGAAGGAGCUGAGGUGCCUCGAUAUCCUCAAGAGCUGCAAUAUCAAAGCUAUGCCGUUUGUUGAAUUUCCUGAGAAGCUGUUGAACCUCAGGGAGCUACGUGUGACAUAUGGCAGGCCAGAUAGAAAUGUUGUUAAUCAGUUGCAACAGAAAAUGCCUCAUCUCAAGGUCUACAAUACUUACCGAUAUACAGAGGACAAUCUCGCAAUAAACGACAUUGAGAUGGAUGACGGUGCAGCUAUUGAUGAGUAUUGUGCUGGUGAUGAUUAUUAUUUUGGUGAUGAUUGUUAUUAUGGUGAUAAUUAUAGUGAUGCUUAUGAUGAUGAUGACUAUGAUGAUGAGGAUGAAAGUGACUGAGGAUGGUUGUUACUAUGAUGAUGACUGCAAAAUGAGGAGUGAAAAUAUGAUUUUUGUUCACAACUUGCAGAUAGUAACAUUGGGGCUACUGCAUGAACGGAUUAUCUGAAAAUUAAAUGAGAGACAGAAUACGCAUUUAUUGCAGUAUUGUGUAAGAAGUGCCAAGAAAGUAUUGCCAAAAAUAAAAAAGAAUCACAGUUUUUUGCA